ACAACACUCGCGCAGGCCACGGCGCAUCCGCUAUACUAUCAGCAUUUCUCCUCCUGGAUUCGACGCGUAAACGGGGGCUGCGCAGUGUAGCAGGAGCGACAGAUAAGGCGAGCUCGGCGCCGGAAGCCGCAGCGCAGGAACAUCUUCCACCACGACAUCUAUCAUGGCGGGCAUUCCACCGCCGCCAGGGUGGGCUCCUCCACCACCUCCAGGAGCUCCACCUGGACUAUCAUCGAGUGGCAUACCACCUCCGCCACCAGGAGCCGUGCCUGCGAAGGAUCCCCAAGCCGAAAAACUCCAACAGAAGAAGCAGAAAUGGUUGCGACAGCAGAGGCAACGAUUUGGCGAGAAGCGGAGGGGGGGUUUCGUGGAGACACAAAAGGCUGACAUGCCUCCGGAGCAUCUACGAAAGAUUGUCAAGGACAUUGGAGACGUGUCGCAGAAGAAGUUCAGUGCAGACAAGAGGAGCUAUCUGGGAGCUCUGAAGUUUAUGCCGCACGCCGUGCUUAAGCUGUUGGAGAAUAUGCCCAUGCCUUGGGAGAGCAGUCGUGAAGUGAAGGUAUUGUACCACGUGAAUGGCUGUUUGACGUUGGUCAACGAGAUUCCGAGAGUCAUUGAGCCAGUGUUUCACGCGCAGUGGGCAACCAUGUGGGUUGUCAUGAGACGAGAAAAGAGCGACCGCAGACAUUUCAAGCGCAUGCGCUUCCCUCCCUUUGAUGAUGAGGAACCACCGCUGUCAUGGAGCGAAAAUAUCGAAGAUGUGGAACCCUUGGAGCCCAUUCAGAUGGAGCUGGAUGAGAACGAGGAUGAGCCUGUGUUUGAGUGGUUUUACGAUCAUCGGCCACUUUCGGACACCAGUCAUGUUGGCGGUCCCAGCUACAAGGACUGGAACCUGUCAUUACCACAGAUGGCCACCUUGCACCGACUGAGUAACCCUCUUCUAUCAGACACCAACGACAAGAACUAUUUCCAUCUCUUCGACAUGCCCGCUUUCGCGACCGCGAAGGCAUUAAAUGUUGCUAUACCUGGUGGACCACGAUUCGAGCCUCUGUACAAAGACAUUGAUCCGAAUGACGAGGAUUUCGGCGAGUUCAAUGCGAUUGAUCGAAUAAUUUUCCGGGCGCCCAUCAGAACAGAGUAUCGAGUGGCGUUCCCAUACCUGUACAACAGCUUGCCCAGAUCUGUCAAGCUUGGGGUUUACAGCUACCCACAGACAGUCUACGUCAAGACCGAAGACCCGAAUCUCCCACCAUUCUAUUUCGAUCCUGUAAUCAACCCUAUCUCCUCGAGACAGGUCAUGCCGAAGAACUUGACCAUCAGCCACGAGGAUGAGAUCUUCGGCCAUGGUAACAAUGAGGAGCCAGGUGAAGAAGAUGGUGGUUUCUCGAUGCCAGAGGGUGUCGACCCAUUCUUGGAUGACGAGGAUCUAUUCAACGACGAGACUGCAGCAGCAAUCGCGCUGUGGUGGGCACCAUACCCAUUCGACAGGCGUUCGGGAAAGAUGGUGCGAGCACAAGAUGUGCCGCUGGUAAAACAGUGGUAUCUUGAGCACGUUCCAGCAGGACAGCCUGUGAAGGUGAGAGUCUCCUACCAGAAGUUGCUCAAGACGUACGUCUUGAACGAGCUGCACAAGAAGCCACCAAAGGCACAGAAUAAGCAGUUACUAGGCCGCAACUUGAAGAGAACCAAGUUUUUCCAGCAGACCACGAUCGAUUGGGUAGAAGCUGGUCUUCAGGUCUGCCGGCAAGGUUUCAACAUGCUGAAUCUGCUCAUUCAUCGCAAAAAUUUGACUUACCUUCAUCUCGACUACAACUUCAACUUGAAGCCCAUCAAGACAUUGACGACGAAGGAGCGAAAGAAGUCUCGAUUUGGAAAUGCUUUCCAUCUCAUGCGUGAGAUUCUGCGGCUGACGAAGCUCAUUGUUGAUGCUCAAGUCCAGUACCGCAUGGGCAACAUUGAUGCUUUCCAGCUCGCAGACGGCAUCCUUUACGCGUUCAACCACGUUGGACAGCUGACGGGUAUGUACCGGUACAAGUACAAGCUUAUGCACCAGAUUCGGUCCUGCAAAGACUUGAAGCACUUGAUCUACUACAGGUUCAACAGUGGACCAGUUGGUAAGGGACCUGGCUGUGGAUUCUGGGCACCGGCAUGGAGGGUGUGGCUCUUCUUCUUGCGUGGUAUCAUUCCACUGCUCGAACGAUGGUUGGGCAACCUGCUCAGCAGACAGUUUGAGGGUCGUCACUCGAAGGGUGUGGCCAAGACUGUCACCAAGCAGCGUGUCGAGUCGCACUUCGAUCUUGAACUGCGUGCAUCGGUCAUGGCAGAUCUGAUGGAUAUGAUGCCCGAGGGUAUCAAGCAGCAGAAGGUCAACACUGUUCUGCAGCAUUUGUCUGAGGCGUGGCGAUGCUGGAAGUCAAAUAUUCCUUGGAAGGUGCCUGGUCUGCCCAAGCCUAUCGAAGAUGUCAUUCUGCGAUACGUCAAGUCAAAGGCAGACUGGUGGGUAUCUGUCGCACACUACAACCGCGAGCGUAUCCGGCGUGGUGCUACUGUUGAUAAAACUGUUGCGAAGAAGAACUUGGGACGUCUCACUCGUCUUUGGCUCAAGGCUGAGCAAGAACGACAACACAACUACCUCAAAGACGGUCCAUAUGUCAGCACCGAGGAGGGUGUUGCCAUCUUCACGACUGCGGUGCAUUGGCUGGAGAGCAGAAAAUUCCAGCCCAUUCCGUUCCCAUCUGUUAGCUACAAGCACGACACCAAGAUUCUCAUCCUGGCUCUUGAGCGUCUGCGAGAAGCAUACUCUGUCAAGGGUAGGCUGAACCAGAGCCAGCGUGAAGAACUGGCACUCAUCGAGCAAGCUUAUGACAGCCCUGGCACUACACUCGCGCGUAUCAAGCGAUUCUUGCUUACGCAGCGUUCGUUCAAGGAAGUCGGCAUUGACAUGAACGACAACUAUAGCUCGAUCAAUCCAGUGUACGACAUUGAGCCUAUUGAGAAAAUCACAGAUGCAUAUCUCGACCAGUAUCUGUGGUACCAAGCAGACCAGCGACGACUUUUCCCAGCCUGGAUCAAGCCAUCUGACUCGGAAGUGCCCCCUCUUCUCACUUACAAGUGGGCUCAAGGCAUCAACAACCUGUCGAAUGUCUGGAGUGUUGGCGAGGGCGAGUGCAAUGUCAUGCUCGAGACACGGUUGGACAAGGUCUAUGAAAAGAUCGAUAUUACCCUGCUUAAUAGGCUUCUGCGUCUGAUCAUGGACCACAACCUGGCGGAUUACAUCUCUUCCAAGAACAACGUGCAGCUGAACUACAAGGACAUGAAUCACACCAAUAGCUAUGGUAUGAUUCGUGGUCUGCAGUUCAGUGCGUUCGUCUUCCAAUACUACGGCUUGAUCAUUGAUCUGCUGUUGCUCGGACUGCAGCGCGCUUCGGAGAUGGCUGGACCUCCAAAUGCACCCAAUGACUUUUUACAGUUCCGCGACAGAGCUACAGAGUCUCGCCACCCUAUCCGGCUGUACACACGUUACAUUGACAAGAUAUGGAUCUUCUUCCGCUUCACCGCAGAUGAGUCGAGAGAUCUCAUUCAGCGCUUUUUGACUGAGCAGCCGGAUCCGAACUUUGAGAACGUUAUCGGAUACAAGAACAAGAAGUGUUGGCCUCGAGACUCUCGCAUGCGCCUCAUGCGACACGAUGUCAACCUUGGUCGCGCUGUCUUUUGGGACAUGAAGAACCGUCUACCGCGUUCCAUCACCACUGUCGAGUGGGAUGACACCUUCGCCAGUGUCUACAGUAGAGACAACCCGAACCUUCUGUUUGCCAUGAAUGGUUUCGAGGUCCGUAUCUUGCCCAAGAGUCGCAAUCAGAACGAUGAGUUCCCAACGAAGGACUCGGUCUGGGCCCUUGUCGACAACGCCACGAAGGAGCGUACCGCGCACGCUUUCCUUCAGGUCACUGGAGAGGACAUCGCCAAGUUUAACAACCGCAUCCGACAGAUUCUUAUGAGCUCCGGUAGCACGACCUUCACCAAGAUCGCCAACAAAUGGAACACUACCCUCAUUGCCCUCUUCACUUACUACCGUGAAGCUGCCGUCAGCACAGUGGAGCUCCUUGACACCAUCGUGAAAUGUGAGACGAAGAUUCAGACCCGUGUGAAGAUUGGCCUCAACUCCAAGAUGCCGUCCCGUUUCCCACCAGCCGUCUUCUACACACCCAAAGAACUAGGAGGUCUGGGAAUGAUAUCUGGCUCCCACAUCCUGAUUCCAGCUUCCGACAAACGUUGGUCAAAGCAGACCGAUAGCGGUGUCAGCCAUUUCCGAGCUGGCAUGAGCCACGACGAGGAGACCUUGAUCCCCAACAUCUUCCGAUACAUCAUCCCGUGGGAGGCAGAAUUCAUCGACUCCCAGCGAGUGUGGACAGAGUAUUCACAGAAGAGGCUGGAAGCUAACCAGCAGAAUCGACGCCUGACGCUCGAGGAUCUUGAGGAUUCUUGGGAUCGUGGUCUUCCACGUAUCAAUACGCUGUUCCAGAAGGACAGAAGUACCUUGUCUUUUGACAAGGGAUUCAGAGCCAGGACGGAGUUCAAGCUCUAUCAGCACAUGAAGAGUAAUCCUUUCUGGUGGACGAGCCAGAGACAUGACGGAAAAUUGUGGAAUUUGAACGCAUACCGAACCGAUGUCAUUCAAGCUCUUGGGGGUGUCGAGACCAUUCUCGAGCAUACUCUGUUCAAAGCGACCGCGUUCCCAUCGUGGGAAGGAUUGUUCUGGGAAAAAGCAUGUCUUGCAUUCGGCACUGAAGUGCUCCGAUUGGACCACUCCAGGGUCAAGGUUGAAGAUGUCAAGGACGGCGAUCUCCUCCUGGGUCCCGAUGGCCAACCACGCCGCGUCUACAACACUGUCUCUGGUGAAGAGAGAUUAUACCGCAUCUCAAUCAGCGAAGACUUUGAGGACCUGGUUUGCACUUCUAAUCACAUCCUUGUGCUUUACCAUGUGAAGACAGACCACGGAAAGGAUAUCGCUGGUCCAUCCGAGGAUCCCGAAGGCGAGACGGUGUACAUGACUGCCAAAGAAUUCGCAGGUCUUCCCGAAAGCGACAGAUCAAGAUACCGUGUUUUGAGGCCUGCUGGACAUGAGUUGCCCGAGCAAGAUGUUUCGGUGACCCCGUACUUCUUGGGCAUGUGGAUUGGUAAUGGCAACCACACGGAUACAACCAAUACUGACGACCACGAGGAACAUAUUCGUGACUUUAUCGUAGCUCAUGCUGCCGAACUCGACUUGCAUAUUACGAAUCAUGGCUGUCUGGGUUCCAAGGUGCGGGAGUCUCGCGACACCAUCUACGCGCGCCGACUAGCCGAUGGAUGGAAAAAUGAGGGGCGUUUCUGCCUACCUCCCUCCGAUCAACCGAACGAUCUGAACGAUACAAACAAGCAUGUGCGAGGUUCCACCACGCCAUCGUCCCCUCCACCAACAAGACGAUUGCGCCCUGGUACGAUCGAUACUAGUGUUGAUGCUGUCCAGGAUCCGGUCGACUCCCCCAUGGACAUGUCACUGCCUGCGCUGAAUGGAAAUGGAAAAGAUUCUGAGGAAGGGUUUGUCAUCUCUAGCGAUUGCGAGAUCAUUCGCAUGGAAACCGGAAAGGCCGCCUAUGGAGAGUUGAUCCAGGACGAAGAAGAUCUACUUGUUGGCGAUGCGUUGGGCCAGAGCCAACCGAAGAAUGUCAAUUCGCUCCUCGUCGCAAUGAGGAGCUUGGGCAUUCUGACGCCUAAUGAGGCGGAUGGUCAUGAUGGCAGAAAGCGCAUUCCAACGAUGUACAUGCGCAACUCUCGCGACGUCCGUUUGCGCGUUUUAGCUGGCUUUAUCGAUUCCAAUGGCUGGUACGCACAUUCCCAGAACCACAUCGCCUUCGCACAGAGCGAGCGUUGUGACAAGGACCUCUUCUGGGAAGUCGUCUACUUGGCCCGCUCGCUUGGCUUUGGUGUCUCGGUGAAACCAGAGAAUUGCCUGGCUUCAUCGGGUCAACAUGAGAUUCCCCAACUCCGUGCAACGAUCACCGGCAACUUGAUGGAAAUCCCAUGUCUGCUGCCACUCAAACAGGCAGGUGCACAUGUGCAAACUUGCCGAAACACCUUCACCAUCAAGGACAUCAAACUUGAGGCGCAAUCCACCAAAUGGGCCGGGUUCAAAGUCGACAAGGAUCAAACAUAUCUCAGACACGACUAUCUGGUUUUGCACAAUUCAGGAUUCGAAGAGAGCAUGCGCUACAAGAAACUCACCAACGCCCAGCGAUCUGGUCUCAACCAAAUCCCCAAUCGUCGUUUCACGCUGUGGUGGUCGCCUACUAUCAACCGAGCCAAUGUCUAUGUCGGUUUCCAGGUUCAGCUGGAUCUCACUGGAAUUUUCUUGCAUGGAAAAAUCCCCACGCUCAAAAUCUCCCUGAUUCAGAUAUUCCGUGCCCAUUUGUGGCAGAAGAUCCACGAAUCGGUCGUCAUGGACCUGUGUCAGGUCUUCGAUCAAGAACUCGAGGCCCUCGGUAUCGAGACUGUGCAGAAGGAGACUAUCCAUCCCCGAAAGUCGUACAAGAUGAAUUCGUCUUGUGCUGAUAUUCUGCUCUUCGCGUCCCACAAGUGGAGCGUGAGCAACCCAAGCUUGCUGUACGACACCAAGGACAACAUGGGUUUGACGACUACGAACAAGUUCUGGGUCGAUGUGCAGCUGAGAUACGGAGACUACGACUCCCACGACAUUGAGAGAUAUGUCCGUGCGAAGUACCUGGACUACACGACUGACAGUAUGUCAAUCUACCCAUCUGCCACUGGUCUUAUGAUUGGUAUCGAUUUGGCCUACAACCUGUACUCAGCAUACGGGCAGUACUUCCCAGGUCUCAAGCAGCUUGUGCAGCAGGCCAUGGCCAAGAUCAUGAAGGCCAACCCUGCAUUGUAUGUGCUCCGCGAGCGUAUCCGGAAGGGCCUGCAGUUGUACGCGUCCGAGAGCAACCAGGAAUUCCUCAACUCUCAGAACUACUCGGAGCUUUUCAGCAACCAGAUCCAGCUCUUCAUUGACGAUACCAAUGUCUACCGUGUCACCAUCCACAAGACGUUCGAAGGUAACCUUACAACGAAGCCAAUCAACGGGGCCAUUUUCAUCUUCAACCCGAGAACUGGACAGCUUUUCUUGAAAAUCAUUCACACCAGUGUCUGGGCGGGACAGAAGCGUCUCGGCCAACUUGCCAAGUGGAAGACGGCUGAAGAAGUGGCGGCUCUGAUCAGGUCAUUGCCUGUGGAAGAGCAGCCGAAGCAGCUCAUUGUCACCCGCAAGGGUCUGCUUGAUCCCCUGGAAGUGCACUUGCUCGACUUUCCUAACAUCAGCAUUCGUGCCUCUGAACUGCAGCUACCGUUCCAGGCUGCCAUGAAGGUGGAGAAGCUUGGAGACAUGAUUCUGCGUGCGACUGAGCCACAGAUGGUGCUCUUCAAUCUGUACGAUGAGUGGCUGAAGAGCAUCUCCUCCUACACUGCCUUUUCGCGAUUGAUCUUGAUCCUGCGUGCCUUGCAUGUCAACCAAGACAAGACAAAGCUCCUCUUGCGCCCAGACAAGACCGUCAUCACACAGGAGCAUCACAUCUGGCCUACGCUCUCGGACGAGGACUGGGUGAAGGUCGAGGUGCAGCUCCGAGAUCUCAUUUUGAACGACUACGGCAAGAAGAACAACGUCAACACGUCUUCGUUGACGAACUCGGAAAUUCGAGAUAUCAUUCUGGGUAUGGAGAUUUCUGCACCAAGUAUGCAACGCCAGCAAGCCGCGGAAAUCGAAAAGGCGCAACAAGAUCAAGCUCAGCUCACUGCUGUCACGACCAAGACACAGAAUGUAUCGGGCGAGGAGAUGAUCGUCACGACCACUUCUGCGUACGAGCAGCAGUCUUUCGCGUCCAAGACCGAGUGGCGGACACGAGCCAUUGCUACAUCCAACCUUCGAACUCGUGCCAACAACAUUUACAUCUCUUCCGAGGACAUUCGCGACGACGAACACCACUUCACGUAUGUCAUGCCCAAGAACAUUCUGAAACGAUUCAUCGCCAUUGCGGAUCUCCGCGUGCAAGUCGCCGGCUUCCUCUACGGCACUUCACCGCCCGACAACAAACAAGUCAAAGAGAUCAAAACCAUUGUCAUGGUUCCUCAAGUGGGCUCGACACGCGAUAUUCAACUUCCGAGGAGUUUGCCGGAGAAUGAGAUGCUUCACGGGCUGGAAGCGCUGGGUGUGAUUCACACUGCGGCGGGCAAUGAGACGAACUACAUGACGGCGCAAGAUGUCACUCAACACGCGAAGCUCAUGGCCGCGCAUCCUACGUGGGACAGGAAGACAGUCACGAUGACUGUCAACUUCACUCCGGGCUCCGUCUCUCUAUCGGCUUGGUCACUCACGCCGCAAGGAUAUCAAUGGGGAGCGGAAAAUAAGGAUCUAGGAAGCGACCAACCUGCUGGUUUCUCUACAGCGUUCGGCGAGAAGAGUCAACUUCUUCUGUCGGAUAAGAUUCGCGGGUAUUUCUUGGUACCCGAGGAUGAGAGAUGGAACUGGAGCUUCUUGGGCUCUGGAUUCGGCGAGCGGGAGAAGGGGAGAGUGUUUGUGCAAGUGGGGAUUCCCAGACGAUUUUACGACGACUUGCACCGACCUAUACAUUUCCAGAACUUUGCCGAGUUGGAGGAUGUGUGGGUGGAUCGCAGCGACAACCUGGCAUAAGACGAGCAGUGUCGUGAGGAUGGGAGGUGCAAAGAGAGCGGUAUGCAUGCAUCAGCGCGAGGCGUUCCAGGGCGUUUUAUGGGACAACAGUGAAGGGGAGAAGAGGAAAAGGGAGUUUACUGCAUCUGCUCUACGAAGCGGACCGUUGUGCUUUCGGUGGCGGCGAGGCUAUGGGCAGCCCUUGGAUUCGUCUAACCGCAGCCCUAGACGUAACACACC